UGAGGAGCUAGGACUCGCCGCUGGAAGGCUCGCUGCUGGAACGCUCGCUGGAAUCCUGGACGUGUUUGAUCUCGCCGUGAUUUAUAUGUAGCCCCGCGUCCUCCGGUGAUAUAUUCAGAAGCUUCGAAAGUUACAGAAACUUCAGAAGUUAUAGAGAGUAAGGAUGUGUCACUUGAGAGGAUUAUUAGCCCUGGCGUUGGUGCUGGGUAUUUGCGUCGUGCAGAAUCAAGGCGGCAGCUUGAGACGCACUGGACAGCUGCGUCACAGAACAGCUUCUGACGAAGGGGUGGUCGUCUGCAGUAUCUGCCCUGACGCGGUUCUGAUAGAGCCUUGUACCUGUAUCUGUCACAAUGCCACAUCAGCUGACAUCAGAUGCGGCCCAGAGCUGACGUCUUGUGAAGAGCUGACAGACAUCCUGAAUGUGGCCACUCCUGUCUCACAGUAUCUCAGGUUGGUUGUCCAAAAGACAUCGCUCCAGUGCAUGUUAACAAACGACAUCUGGGGUCCAACAACCUUCCAGGAGAUCCUCCUCGUGGAAAACCAGUUCAGCAUAGUGGAUAAUCAUGCAUUUGCCCAUUUCAACAAGUCGAUGAAGCUUCUUGACCUUCAUAAAAACCGACUCCAAGACGUCUGCUUCUCGACGUUCAACAACCAGCCACACGUGGAGAUCAUCAACCUCAAUGACAACAAGAUCAAUUUCAUACCUGGGCUGGGGAACAUGGAGGUCAAAGAGCUGAGGGAAAUACACCUGAGAGGCAAUUCACUCAAGACCAUCAUGGAAAACACCUACCAAUUAAUGCCCAAGCUACAGGUGAUCGACUACUCCCACAACAUGAUAUCGACCAUUGACCCUGGGGCCUUCGCCUUCAAUACGCGAUUCAACGACAACAGGCUCACGAUCAAUUUGACCAACAACCUCAUCGAAAAAUUCCGCCACGAUGCGAUCAGCGGAAUUCAGAACGUGACGCUCAACCUGAAAAACAACAAGAUACAAGACUUGUCCGAGUUCUACGAAGUUCUGCAGGACACGAACUUCAAGGCAAAGAUCUUCUUAAAUGGAAACCCAAUCAUCUGUGAUGCCCAACUUUGCUGGAUAGUCCAGAACAAGACUAUCAUGAGCCACUUUGAUGACUUUGAAUGCACCGACAGCGCACUGACACUCUACAGCCUCUCGCCUGACUAUCUGGGCUGCUCAAUGUAGCAUCAAAAUCUCUCACAAUUGUAAAAAUCGUCUAGCUUUAGAGUUACCAGGCUUACUUCAUCUGGAGGGUCUGACAGUAGAAUAGGUUAACCUAACUAUUGACUUAAUCUAGGUUCUUUCAAAGAAGCUGACAUUACGAAA